GGAAGAUCUGCAGAGCACAGAAUUUCCUUUUAUGCCAAGUACAGUACCAACUGAAUUUCAUACUGUGUAUGGAAGUACAAAUGACACAGAUGUGGAAGAGACUGACCCAACUGAGAGUCCAUUGGAACUCACCACUAUCCUGAUAUGUGCCGCUCCUGUUCUCAUAUUGCUUCUGCUAUUACCUCUUAUUUUUUGCAUUAUCAGGCACAAAAGAAGAAAAAAGCUCGAAGAAGAUAAUCCACCAACAGAAGAUGUUAAAAGCCCUAUCUUUGAAGAAGAUACCCCAUCAGUAAUGGAAAUCGAGAUGGAAGAUCUUGACAAAUGGAUGAGCAACAUAAAGAAAAAUAACAAUCGCUUGUCCACACUAGAAGAGGAAAAUAAGUUUAGCACA